ACUCUAUGCUUGUCUUGUAUCUUUAGUAUCCACCGUUUAUUCGUUUGAAAUUGAAACUGAUAGAGCUGAUAUUUUACUACAAAAGGCUCCAAACAACAACCCGAGGAGUUUGUUAAUCAAUUUAAAAUCUCCAUUGAUUAAUGUUGGUGAGAAAUGAUGCUGACAAGCUUUAUAGUGGUUCUCUCCUUACUAAGAAUUACCAGUCCUUAUAUAUGCCAGCACCAGUCUCCUUCUGCUGAUACCUUACAGACAGGUUUCUCCUCUGGACCUCAAACAUCCGCUGCUCCCUUUCAGGUAACGUGGCACACCACAGAGAAUAUAGUUGCUGGUGAGAUCCUAACGAAUAUAUCUGAUUUCAUGUCGAGCAACAUCUUGGUAAAACAAGCAAUCGCCUCCAUACACUUGUCUAGGAACUGUCCUCUAAGCCAGACAAACGAACAGACAAACGUACAAACAAACUCUCAGACGAAUACUCACUAUUGUACGGAGGAAUGUGCAGCAGUAACUCAAUGCGGCCCGGCCAUUGUUCCAGAUGAACAUCUGGGAAGGUGCUACGUUUGUGUAGAUGAUAGCAAGAGGUGUGGCUUCAAGGUCGGGAGCACUCUGGGACAAGGGAUCACAGGGACACUUGGUGGUGUACUUGUCAGCCAAACUAACUAAAGACUGUCAAGAUGAUCCUAUCCAAGCAGCCGCUUGUCAGGUGUCGCCAGUCCACAAGAGGCCCAUAGCCAGUUACAUGAACAUCUGUCCAGACCACAGUAUCCCAGAAGAGGACAUGUCUAACGUCUUGCUCCACCACCUCCUACAUGUAAUGGGAAUAUCACAGAGCCUGUUUGAUCUGGGAGCCGCUAAAUUAGAGGACUUUGGAACAAGAUGGGGGCUGAUACGUGAAGAUUCUUACACUGUCCUAGAUAAACAGUUCGUGGGUACUAAGAGCAAAGAGUUUGUUAGCAAACACUUUGGGUGUGAGAAAGGCUACGGCGUGCUUAUGGAAAAUCAGGACUCACGGAAGUGUCAUGUAGAAGAGAGGCUAUACAGAGGGGAGAUCCUAACAGUUAAUGUGACUAAAAGUAGCCAGUUUACAGACCUUACCUUCUCUAUACUGGAGGACACUGGUUGGUAUAUUGCAGGAAAAUCAAAACAGCCUCCUUUCCCCGGUAAGUUGGGUUGUGAUGUACUGGACAGAAGUUGUAACUUGUGGGUAUCAGAGCAGAACAGUAACCAUGACAACAUCUACCCCUUCUGUGGUAUCAGCAGUCAGAGUUACACGUGUAAUACAGAGCACACUACUGUCUCGCAGUGUCAGACUAAGGAGCACAGUGUCGGAGUAGUUCCUGCUAAGUUCCAGUACCACGGACUGGCAGGUAAUGGGUACAGAGCAGGACCCUACAAGUACAGUGACUACUGCAUGCUGUUCAGUGAACAUGAAGACAGCUAUUCCUGCACCGACACCCCACAACCUAGCGGUGGAAGAAACUUCUUCCUUGAGAAGCACGGUCCAAGCUCUGUAUGUGUAAUACACGAUGGAGAGUGGGAUAUAAACGGAUCUGACAGAUCCAAGGGAGCCGGCUGUUACUCCAUCUGCUGUAGAGACACUAACUUUGACGUGAUAGAUGUUUACAACGAGCCCCACAGCUGUUACCAACCUAAACAAACCAUUCAUGUGUCAUCCUCCAACAACAAUAUCCGUGGUUCUUUGCAGUGCCCCAGCUGGGAGACUGCUUGCGGAGGGAGUGGUCGGACUAAGUGCCAGUCAGCAGGGAAGUGCAUGACUCCCUCACUUAGCAACGGACAGGUAUACAGCAGCCAGGGCAUGUACCAGAUCACCAUAGGUACAACUCUGUCUUAUGUGUGUUUUGAUGGCUUCGUCAUGCGAGGCUUCCCUUCUUCAGUUUGUCUUGGCAACAACCUAUUUGCUAAUCCUGUACCUGAUUGUAAGCUUCCAUGUGAAGACCCUUUCAUUGAGUUCGGUACGGUUCUAAACUCAGCAGGGACUCAAAGACUAGUGGGUGACACAGUGACCUUCACCUGUAAUACAGACUACAAACUAGAAGGGAGCAGUAUCCUCACUUGUAGGAUCAGCAGCUCAGGGUCCGAGAGAGCAGGUACAUGGUACCCUGAGCGCCCUACCUGCAGGAAGGAGUAUCUAGAGUGGUCAGGUUGGGGACCCUGCUCUGUUACUUGUGGAGAUAACCCAGGAGAGAGGAUACGGACCCGGGGCUGCUCUACUUGUGAAGAUUUCGAGUAUGAGAAGGAAGUGUGUUUUGUAAACUCCACUUGUGAUGAUAACAGUGGAGCUACUGUUCCUGACAGCCCGGCUGGAGCUAACAACACUGUUAUCUUGGUAGCUGUGUUCGCUGUCUUCUUCGUCUUCACUAUCUUCAUUAUUGUGUUUAUUGUCUGGUUCUUCGACAAGUCUCAGACUCAGCAGCGAUCUCAGUCUCAGCUCUUUAACGAAAGUUAUUAUUGGUCUCAGCAGAAUGUCUCGGGAUUCAAGCGGAGAGAACGCUCGAUGGAUUUGUCGUCAGAGUACAGUGCUGCAAGUGGAAGUGUAAAACAACUCUUCACCUCCCCUCCCUCCACCCCUUACACCACCGACACUCAACUAUCCUCUAAAGGUUCUGAAGAGAGUCUCUUUGGAAGCGGAAAGAGUUUCCACAUCCCGAGGAUCCAUUACAAAAACCGUGCACGGGUUUUUCCAAAGAAACCUGUAGUUCAUAUCCCAACUCCUCCCUCGUAUCAGGAAUCAUUGGAGAUGCCAACCUUCAGCCCCGAUCAGAAUACUGGAAUAGCACCGGAUACUAUAACUAAUGCUACUACUAAUACUAUUACUAAUUCUGGAAUAGCCACGGAUACUAUUACUAAUGAACCACCGGACCUUGCAAAGUUGAGAGCCAGUAUACAGGCAGCCAGGGUAAGAGUCAGAAAUCAUCCGUCAGUGAAAAGGUUGUUUGUGCCAAACCCUGUUACGGGAGGCUCUUACAAUCCCAAUCAAAUACCCUUCGAGAUUUCAGAAAAAGAAGAGGAAAACUAUUUGGAGGAUUCUUGGGAUUUUAGACAAAGACAAACUGGGUUCAAGAGGCAUUUUGGGUUUGCACCAAGUUCAGAUUUAAAGGUCGAAGAAGAAGAAGAUAACAAAAUUGAUGAAGUUGCAAGUCAAAUAGAGACAGAGACAGUUGCAAGUCAAAUAGAGACAGAGACAGAUGCAAGUCAAAUAGAGACAGAGACAGUUGCAAGUCAACUAGAGACAUAUCUGAAAGUAGAAGAAGAAGACGGUGGGGGCAUAGACAAAAAUAUGAACGAGAAAAGUGAAAAUUGAAGAGUGUGCAGAGAAAUUGAUUUUAAAUUCUUAGACUUAAAGCUCUUGAAGAAAUAAUACGAAACUAUAGUGCACCGAUUGAUCCGAACAGACUGUAAACGUAAUGAUAAAGUAUGAAAAAUAAAACUGUGAUUUUUUUUAUUAUAUCAUGACGUAUAUAUAAUAUCUAAAAUAAUAUCUAAAAUAUUUGACCUUAUCGUUAUGAUAUAAUAUGUUUUAAAUAGUUGUAUUUAUAGGCAGGUAUAAUUGUUUUAUUUAUAGGCAAACAGUACACUGACCAUAAGAGCAUAAGGCAGUAUAAGCAAGUAUGUAUAAUGUAUAUACAUGUACUAUAUAUAAUGUAUAAUGUAUAUACAAUGUACUGACCAUUGUUGUUAAGUGCAGUUAGACCUCUUGUUCUUCGUACUGCGUUGAUAGCAAUGUAUAAAAGCAAUGUGUAUACACCUGAAAAUGGAGAUUAACAGAUCUG